UUGAUCCUUGUUUUCAGACCUGGCAAAGACUACUACUACGACUUCAAGGCAGAGGAAGAGGACAGGAGGGAAGACGAGGCGGUGAAAGCGGCCAAGGAGCAGUACUACGUGAAGCGAGUCGUCGCACAUCCGUGCUUUCGCAACUGUACUUUCAAAGAGACUCAGGCUUUGUUGACUAACAUGGAGCAGGGUGAUGUGAUUGUGCGACCUAGCAGCAAAGGUAGCAAUCGAUUGACAGUGACGUGGAAAGUGACCGACAACAUCUGUCAGCAUAUAGAUGUUCGAGAAGAAGGCAAGGAAACCGCAUUCAGUCUCGGCCGCCUUCUGUACAUUGGUGAAGAGGUGCUCUCUGAACCAAGGAAAUUGACUUAG